AUGUCCUCUGUUCCCUCUUUUCUGAGAUCUGGUGCUGUUCCGAGGCCUUCAAACAAAGCGGCGGACUUGGCGACUCUAAGGAGCUCCUGGGCCCGACUUUUACUGGCCGCGAGAGGUGGAAAGAAUACCCCCAGGACCUUGGCGCUGUCACCUCAGACGGAGAGCAGUGUUCUGGGCAGCAGCAGUAGCAAUAGUAGCAGCAGGAACACUGCAAGCAGCAACACCGUGACCAGCAACAGCUUGAGUGACACCAGCAGAGAUGCCUCUCAAGACACGAGACUCUUUCAGACAGAAGAUGAGCGCUUGUGUGCUGAAGCCGAGACGUGUUCACCUGAAACCGAUGCUGCUGACGAGGAGCAACAGCAGCAGCAGGACGCAGCGGCGGCAGCCAAAGCCGUCACUGUUGGUGUAUCGCCGGUAAGUCAGACAUGUGUACAGAACCGAGAGGUACUGCGGAGCGGAGGUUCGCUGCCGGUGUUACAGUCUGGUGCGUUGGCUGGAGUUCCUUCAUCUCCUGAGUCCGGCACCUGCGGAUCCCCUCGGUCACUGCUGAGCGCAGGAUUGACUGUCGCAUGCCUGUCUCCGAGGCAAGGCAGGCGGCCGUCAGGUGAUGCUGCUGUUGCCGUGGAGGACCUAGAUGCAUGUGUGAGGCUGUCUCCGGCUCCAUGGGCUGCUGAAGAGGGUCUUGAGUUUUUCUCAACAGAGACUCUACCCGCACCGCUCUUGCCUACCUUGCCGGCCCUGCCGGGGAGCAGUAGUAGCAACUCCGGCAAAUCCCCACUCAGCCCCACGAGCCUGCUCUUCUCCUCAAGCGACCCGAGGCGCUACAUUGGACCACUGGUGAAGAGCGCCGUCAUCUCUAUUGAGAGCUUACCCGCUUCGAUGGUACUGCCUGCUCUGAGCAAAUCCUCCAGCGGCUUAGACGCAGAAUUUCCCCUGGGGAUCACGCAGCAGCACAAGGCAGCUGCGCUGCUACAAUUGCAUCUGCUUCCGGUGGGGAUGAGGAAUAUGGCGUCUGAUAGCUCUCUCAAGCUGAGGCAGCAACAAAGCCGGCAGCCCAUGUCCUGCCCCGAGUUGCAGGUUGUGCAGACGGCCUCCUCAGCGAAGAAGCUGCUAAGCGGGCUAGUGAGUAGGACAUCGUGGAGGACGAAGGAGGCGGUGAGCCUCUUGACCCAGCGGAAAAUGUCAGGUGCACUCUACGCACUUUGCCGUUGCCAGCCACCUUCCCGUCCCUGUAGCCGUUCAUCCUUGACUCACGGCCCUUCCAAGCAGGGAGCACCUCUUUUCACGGAAGAGCCUCUGCAAUGCGCUGCGCCACCAGUAGAGGGCUGCAACUCGCAGGAGGCAACCCCCGUUGCAGGACAAUGUAGGCGAAACAUGCAAAGGCUGACGGAGAAGCACGGAAGUAUCGCAGCUUGUGCAAUUAUGACAGAACAGGAGGGUUGUGUGCGGCCGGGUUUAGGCAAGCUCCGGCAAGAGAUGCCACUGGGCAGCUGCUUCCCAGAGACAGUGCUUGACAUCAGGAGGCUGCUGCUCUCCUCUUUUCAGGAGCCAACUUUGACAAUAGCAUCGGCGCCGAUGGGAGGUGCGGCAGAAAUGCAGAAGUAUGGAAACGCACAUAUCAGAGAGCGAUUAGGCAGAUAUUGGGGCCUGGCAGAGUCUCGUGUAGGAUUUAAUCCUCCAGGAUUGGACUGGAGAACGAGAAAUGUGUACGAGACAGCAGAGUGCAUCGUUUCUCAGCCACUGAAGCUCGGAGUUGGACGUGGGAUUUCGGGGACAGGGGAGAAUCUUUGUGAGCCCUCGCCACCACUAGCGACUCCACAAAUAGAUCUGCCGUUCAGAAGCUUAGUCAGGGUAGCCGGGAUCCCCUUGAGGCCCUCGGAAGAGGGUGGGAAUGACCUCAUGGACACGGAGCAACCCAGUGUAAACGUCUUGGCGUUUGCUGAGAUCGACGCCGGUGACUCCCUGGAUGUUCUACGGUCUCAUGCUGAGGCGCAGGAGUCCUUGGCAGCUCAGCGCCAGCUGAAUUUAGCUGAUGUGACCGCCGCUGGGGCAAGUCUGAGUGGGUCCGGUGUCGCUGCCUCUGGGCUUCAAGUUUACGCCAAAAGCAUCCAGUGCGCGUGCAGCAGCACGAUGCAACGAGCGCUAAAGGCCGCCAGGGAAAUGACCACGCUUCAGGCGACCGAUGAGGGGAUAGUAUCACUGCGUCGUUUUCAAGAGGAAUUGAUGCGCUUUUCUACCGAGCUGGAGUCUACGAAAUUACCUCCUGAGCAGUGCCCAGGGGCCAAAAGUUCCAGGCCUUCCUCCCCUGGCGAGCUCAGUAUGGGUGUGGUGGUAAAAAUUGAGAAGCUCGCGGCAAUGUCAGGGUCACGCCUCCCCGUACCAAAUAUAAUAUUGGGCUCUGUGCCAGAAUUCCUGUUGCUAAAUGACUUGAGCUGCGCGAGUCGGUACGGGACGUCCUUGCGUUGCAUGGCUGGAACCAUUCGAGAUGCUCGCCGCCUUACUGCGCGCAAAUUCACUGGUUGCAUCUCGGCGCCGUUUGAAGGGGGAAGCUGCGCCAGCUUGAAUUCCGGCCACUGUUUUGCUAUGGCUGCUCGAUUCGAGCGAACACAGAACGCACUGAAGGAAAUCGCGCGCAAUGUGCAGUUAGUCGCACCACUUUUGAUCGAAGGUGCCUUUACAAUGUUCAAUCAAAAUACAGGCAACGGCGCCGAAGCGUCCUCCCUAAAGCUGCUGCAAGAUCAACAUACUGCAGCUACUGCGGGCGGCGCUCAAGUUCCACUUGACAAGCUUAUGCUGGAGCAGAAAGAAGCAUUAAAGCAUCUGCCACUGGAGCUGGUGUGUCACGACGCCCGCCAUCCCUUGCCCAUUCACCGACAUUAG